UGACAUUGCGACCCUCUCACAUCCAACUCUAUUAUCAUUUUUCUUGUAGUUUAGUGUUACUAUAUUAAAUAUGAAUAUAUAGAUCAUGGAAUGCAUCAGAAGGUUAACAAGGGUGAAACUCCAUCAAUUCUCAGCUUCACCAACAUUAAAAAUCCCAAGUUGCUGUGCAUCGACUGGUGGUAAAAGUAACACAAGGAAUAAGAAACAAAUAAAUAGGAAAAGAUAUAGAGGAAUUAAAGUUGACGAUGGUGACUACGUUCAUCCAGGAUAUAUUCUUGCAGCUCAGAUUCAUAGAUUCAAAUUUUAUCCAGGAUCAAACGUGAUGGUUGGAAAAAAUAUGACAUUGACUUCACUUGUCAGCGGUACAGUCAGAAUCACAAGAGAGAUUUUUGUUCCUAAUCCUCAAAGUGAACUGGCUCAGGUUGCUAAGGAUUUACCUAUUGGUGCAAUGUUAUAUAAAUUGACUGUGAACGUAUUGCAAGAUAAAGAAGUUGGUGUUUUUAAACUGAAAGAACAGAUUUGAUGAAGAAUAAUACAACAUCAUUGAAUGAACCAUCUUUUGCCUGUAGUCCAAGCAUCAAAGUAAAUUUAGCGUGGAUACGAAGGCCUUUACGUCAGUUUUUUUGUAAAACAUUUUUAACAAAUUAAAUAAUACAAAAUUCAAUUUGUUACUGGGGUA